GAGGACUGUACGAUCGCCUGGCUUAGAAGUUUUCCUCCCUCCCCGAACCCCGUUUUCUCUUCCAUUUCUUCCGCUCGCGUGUCCCCAGCGCCCACAGGUAGAAAUCAGCCGCCCGCGGGGCUGCGGGGCACAAAGAGGCGGCUGGCGGCUCCGCUGACCCCCUUCCCGCCGGCCUGGACGAGGCCUGGGCUCGGGAGCCGCGUGAUGCAUCCCAAAGAAGGCGCAGAACGGCACGUGUUCUCCCCGGUGCCCGGGGCUCCCGCACCGCCGCCCAAUCGCCGCGGCCGCCUCGCGCUCGGGCUGCGCCUGCCGGCCGCGGGAACUCAGUGCCAGUGGAUUCGCGCCGCCGCCGCCCGCCAUGCGCUUCCGCUUCGGGGUGGUGGUGCCGCCAGCCGUGGCCGGCGCCCGGCCGGAGCUGCUGGUGGUGGGGUCGCGCCCCGAGCUGGGGUGUUGGGAGCCGCGCGGUGCCGUACGCCUGAGGCCAGCCGGCACCGCGGCGGGCGCCGGGGCGCUGGCGCUGCAGGAGCCGGGCCUGUGGCUCGGAGAGGUGGAGCUGGCGGCUGAGGAGGCGGCGCAGGACGGGGCGGAGCCGGGCCGCGUGGACACGUUCUGGUACAAGUUCCUGAAGCGGGAGCCGGGAGGAGAGCUCUCCUGGGAAGGCAAUGGACCUCAUCAUGACCGUUGCUGUACUUACAAUGAAAACAACUUGGUGGAUGGUGUGUAUUGUCUCCCAGUAGGACACUGGAUUGAGGCCACUGGGCACACCAAUGAAAUGAAGCACACAACAGACUUCUAUUUUAAUAUUGCAGGCCACCAAGCCAUGCAUUAUUCAAGAAUUCUACCAAAUAUCUGGCUGGGUAGCUGCCCUCGUCAAGUGGAACAUGUAACCAUCAAACUGAAGCAUGAAUUGGGGAUUACAGCUGUAAUGAAUUUCCAGACUGAAUGGGAUAUUGUACAGAAUUCCUCAGGCUGUAACCGCUACCCAGAGCCCAUGACUCCAGACACUAUGAUUAAACUAUAUAGGGAAGAAGGCUUGGCCUACAUCUGGAUGCCAACACCAGAUAUGAGCACUGAAGGCCGAGUGCAGAUGCUGCCCCAGGCGGUGUGCCUGCUGCAUGCGCUGCUGGAGAAGGGACACAUCGUGUACGUGCACUGCAACGCUGGGGUGGGCCGCUCCACCGCAGCUGUCUGCGGCUGGCUCCAGUAUGUGAUGGGCUGGAACCUGAGGAAGGUGCAGUAUUUCCUCAUGGCCAAGAGGCCGGCUGUCUACAUUGAUGAAGAAGCCUUGGCCCGGGCACAAGAAGAUUUUUUCCAGAAAUUUGGGAAGGUUCGUUCUUCUGUGUGUAGCCUGUAGCUGGUCAGCUGGCUUCUGCCCCCUCCUGAUUUCCCUAAGGAGCCUGGGAUGAUGUUGGUCAAAUGACCUAGAAACAAGGAUUCUACCUGAACUGAAAGGACUGUGUGACCUCCCCCAAGCCAACCACUUUCACCUGGAAUGACUUUCGGCUAUGCUUUGUUUUGGGGCUGUAUUUUUGAAAUACUGUACAAGACAGCUGUGACUCACACAUGAGAAGAAGCACGAAGCAGUUAGGCUGCACAUCAGACAGAAGGGUAAUGCCUGCAGAUCCUGCUGCCUACAGGCGGACGAGGCCUUUGCUUUACAGCACUACAUGUGUUGCACGAUGGAUCCAUGACAGCACUUUCCUGUUGCACUGAAACUCUUGGCCAUGCAGAGGAAAAGAUAUGGAGCUAUGUAGAUUUCAUCACUAGUGUGUGUGCGUGAGCUGGUCAGUUUCCAAAGGAGGAAAUAAGGUUAGAAGCCUGAACCGUUACAAAAGAAGGGCUCACUGUGGUCAAAAAAUGAUGGCUUUUAGGACUUGUUUUUUAUCCUGCCUCACAGUUGUUAAAGUUUGUUCCAAGGCAUCACCUUCCUUCUCUACCCAACAACCCUGUGUAACAACUAAAGUAGAAUUAUCUCUCAUUUGUUGUUGUUCUUCCUCAAAACUGCCAAACAAAGCAAAAAAUACCCUUGUUUUUUAUAGUUGAGACGUCAAGAAGUUAAAUUGAGGCUUAAUGAGCAUAGGUAGCCUGCCCAAGCUCUCAUGACAAGUCAAGGGCAAGCUGGAGUUAAUAAUCUAUAUUUAUUUGACUCAGCGCUGUUUUCCUCACAACUUGUUUUCCCAGCAUCAUGUAGUGCAUUCAGUUUUGUUUUUCUGAGGGUAUGGUCAAUAUGCCUGCAGGAGUUUCUGUAGCGAGACACAGAAUAGUGUUCUGAACAGUUGCCGAAGAAUCUAGGAAAAUAGUUGUGUUUUGUGCAAGCUGAUUUAAAAACAUGAUGGGCUGUUUUAGACCAGAGUGGAAAUUCAUGAGAGGAACUCUACUACCAAAAGAGCCCAAACGACCAAAUCCAUGGAUAAUUGCUUCACAGCCUUGGCCAUCCUGGCUCAGCCCUCAAUUUAGUAUAAUAUGCAGUUCCUGUGCCUCCAGACUAUGCAGCUCAUCACCCUAGAUUCUACAGGAAAUACGGAGAUGAACAACUUUGCCUUCAAAAAUGUGCUGCCUAGAAACAGACCUGCAUUCAACCAACUGUGAUGCAGGAUUGGACCAUGAGUGAUAUGCUAGAAUAGAGGAAAGAGAAGUGUUUUUUUAAUUGAGAGCCUCUAUGUCCAAGGUGACUUAUAAUCAUAUCCAGUUUAAUCUUCACAAUAUCCAAUGAAGAAGGUCUCAUUAUCUCCAUGAUAAAGAUGGGGAAACUAAGGUCAGAGGGGUUAAAUCAACUGUCUGUUGUCACAUGAUGAAUAAAUAGAUGAAGUGAGAUACAAAGCUAGGUUUGAUUCAAAGCCCUUACUUUCCUAAUUAAAUUAUGAUGCGUAUUUAUUUUUCUGCACCUUCCUUUCUUCCACAAACACAUAUUGAUAGACGCAAGAGACUCUUAUUUAGAAGGCAUGGGGGACAAGAAGGAUACAAGCUAAGUUUCAGUGGAGCUCAGAGGACGGGAAGAUGUAACUGUGGCACUUAGGGGAGAUGACAUUUGCUUUGGGCAGAGGCAGCUGGCCAGGACACAUUUCCCCUAUAAUUUUACAAAGUUAAAUUUAUAAGCUAGCAUUAAGUAAAGUGAAGUCCAGCUCCCUUGCUAAAAAUAACUAGAGGUAAUAAUUGGUAUUCAGGUAACUCAUUUACAGUUAUAAUGUGUUGUGAAAAUUUAAUCUUAAAAAUUGAAUUUUUAAACUAUGUGGGUCUGUGAAUUUCUUUAAUGUCUAAGAAAUCCAGCUUCAUAAUUUCCAUGAUACAAAGAUCUUUUUUCAGGUGGAUUUUUACCUUUGUUCCUUUUGCUCUGAUAGACAAAAUCAGUUUAGGACUAUUAAAGAAUGUUUUGGAAUAAACUGUCUUUUCCUCAAUGAAUGGGAUGUCUAAUGUAUUUCAAAAUCACCCAAAACUUUUGGUAAAUAAAAGCAUUUAAAAAGAC